UCAUGUAAAAAGAGAAAAAGAAAAAUCUACAAAUGUUCCACUUUUAAUGAACACAUUUUUUUUAACUGUUCCGCAAGAGGAGUGGCAGAUAUUACAAAACCAUCGGCUCAGGACCUAAACCAAUGAUGUGGAGGGUUGCGAUCCUGCUGGCUGCUGCUCUCGGCGUGGAGUCCUACGUCGUCCAUGACGUCAAUGAGCGUUUGUCCCACGGCCGGCAGCUGAAGAUCUACCUGCCCAAGAGUGCGGAGAAGCUGGAGUUCACUCCAGCCAAUCAUCCCAGUCAGACCUUUGUGUACUGGGAAAAAAACAGAAUGAGGACGGAUAAAGGUCGGGUGUCGGGGACAGGCAGCGACCGGCGCUGGUACAUUGACAAGGUGACCUAUGAGGACGAGGGGACGUACACCCAAAGAGACUACUGGAAUAAAGAGCUCUCAUCUGUCAAAGUAGCCGUCACACUCAGACACAACAAUGCAAAGUGUGUGGCAGGGGACAGUCUGUACAUCCAGCUCGAGGGCAUUGACAUCAGCGACGCCGCCCUCUACUUCACUGCGGAGGCCUACAAUGUUACACUGGUGCACGAUGGUGCUGUGCGUUCCCAGGACCUGCCCGAUUAUUGGGACCGGGUUCGGACCAACUCCAUGAAUAUCGAGAUCAGAAAUGUCAACUACAGUGAUGUGGGAAAAUACACCCUCAAGAACCGGGGAGGCCGCGUGGUGUCUGUGACCCGGAUGGACCUGACAGACCGCCGUGAGACUAACGGAAACCCUCUCCUGGCUCUGCUGGUGCUGCUCGGCAUCCCUGCUGGGAUCUGCUGCUGCUGUAGGAAGAAGAUUUUCAAGAAGAAAGCCACCACUGCUGCAACGCUCCAGUGCAGCCCAGUUGCCGUCCACCCCCCCCCUGGUGGUCCCGUAGGACCUUGUCCACCUUACAACACUCCUGGACAACCCGGAGUGGCUUACUACCACGGACCCGACCCCAACAUGGGUCCUACAUUCCACCCCCCCCCUCCGACCGCUGGCCCAGGACAGUGGAACGGCCCCCCGCCCUCCCCGGGUUUCAACCCAGCGUACCCCCCCCAGAACCCUGCCUACCCUCCUGCUGGUCCAGCCAUGAACCCACAUGCCCAGCCUCCCCAAUGGAACGGUCCACCACCAGUUGCCUACCCCACUGGACCUGUAGCUCCAGUGGGCUAUGCUCCAGCUCCAGUCAUGUAUAGCUCUGCACCACCACCAGCUGCCAGUGGACCUCCUCAGGAGGUGAAGAUGGAGAACAUGGGUUACUCACCUGCCGACCAGCUGCUGACUCCAACACAACAGGCUGAAGCUGCAUCCUGCCCCGUGCCCCCCCCCUCCUCCUCCUCCUCCUCCUCCAACAACAUGCUCAGCUCUGGCAACGCCUACGAGUUCAAGAUCGAUGGAAAGAACUCCACCAACUUCCUGUAGGGCGGCCAACCCCUCAAGCUGAGCGUGGUCACCACAGGUAUUUGGGGAUCCCAGUUGGGAGGAGACUAACACACUGCAGUGUGUUCUCAUGUGAAUUAGAAAUGUAUGAUGAACAUCCUAAAAACAGGGCUGGCUCCGUUCACCAAACGAAGAAGAGAUGUCCUCGUGGCACAUGAUUGUUUCCUUCUGAUUCCAACCUUCUUUUUUUCUUUUAAUCUGAUUGGCAAGGAAAACCAUGCAAUCAAAAAAGAGUCCGGAGAUUUACCUAAAAGUCAACAACGGGUUUCAGAGCGCCUUCUUCCUCCACAAAGAACACACAGUAACACCACCCACUCCAAAACCGGGUCAGGACUACACUUCUGCUCCCCUCAGUCAGUCCAGGCUGGUUCUCAAGUUGCCUUAUUAUAUUAAAUGUAAUUUACUCAGACAUUUCUGUACAGCGGAUGUGUGGAAUCAGUCAACCCCCAGCUACAGUCAUCUGGCUGCUGAGCAGAGAGUGGGUUUUUAUUGUUCUAUAAACCCGCAAUCUGGCUUGGUUGGAUGUCUGCCUGUUGUAACCACUAACCCGUAGCAAUGCUACCAGUAUAACCACUUUAACUGCCUCAUGCCUCCUUUUUAUAGCAAAAAACCCCAACAUAUCACUCAUCCACCUUUUGUCUUUUUCCCGGAAAUGUUUCAGUGAGUAACAGUUGAUAGGAAGUAGCAGCAUUCCUCCAGAUCACAUGUCAAAAAGUGGACGACUUUUCCCCUUCAGACUAACGCCCAAUCCCACACUCACUAACCCCGUGAGGGUUUGGUUCUGUGCCGUUGUCAAAUCGUUGCGUGUUUGAGGGCUCACUGGUGCACAUUUCGAGCCCUUUAGGAACCCUUUCCACAAGUGGCUGACUUGGUCCAAUAGAAUCACUCACAAGUCAUUGCAAUAGGACGUCAAAAACUCGAUAACGCAUGGAGACGUGAACAAGAGGACGGCACACGUGUGUUCAGACAGUCAUUUAAAAAUGUUAAGAUAUCAAGGAUUAAAGAUGGAGAAAAAAAAACACUUAAAUCUUUAAAACAAUAUUUAUUCAUCAAGUCAUGAAAUAUAGAAUGUUGUCAUUGAAAGCAUUUUGACAAAAAAAAGUAAAACCCUAUUUAAAAUGAGCCUCAAAAACGUUCAAAUCAGAGUAAAAAGUAUGAAAUAAAUACCCUCAAUUGUAAGUCCUAUUUUUUGACGUUGUCAUGGUGACACGUGGCAGCAAAGUGCUGUACCCUAAAUAUUUACAACGUUUAAAGCCGUCACACUCUCACAUCCAUCCACUUACCCGGUGUCGUCAGUGAAGUCCCUGAGGGGUCAGGGGUCAGGAUUUAGGGUUCAGGGGGGACAUUGGGAUUGGGCCCAACAUCAAUCACUUUGUUUCUGAAGGUGUGUAAAUACACUGCUGUCAAAUACUGUAAUUAGUGGAUGUCUUGCAUGAUAUCGAAGCAAAUUGGGGGUUUUUCAAUAUUAAACUGGGACAAACAUUCUCUUUAAAAUGUUUUAUUUUGCAUGUUAAAAUGUGAUUUGUGUAUUCAGUUGUUUUUGUGUAUGUAACCAAUGAUAUUUGCUAAGUGUAAAUUGUUAUGGGUGUUAGUUGGAGACUACUAUUGUUCUCUGGGUUAUAUGCUAAUGAACCUUGUUUGCAUACCUCUCAUUUUAUACCUGAAAUGAUGAUAGUAUACAUAUUGUAUUUAGAUGUAUAACUCUUUUAUAUAACUACUAACAUAUACCGGGGGGGGGGGGGUUGAUUUUUAACAUUAAAAUGAUUUUACAGGAGACAGCUGGAGUGAAACGCUGCAGGUGGAUGACUUGACUCUGUUAAUAAAGUGUGUGCCAUCAGCACAGUGACGUGUUACCACCUUCUAUGUAGACGUAAACCACGGAAGAAAUAAAGUCCUGUCCGUUCACUAUAGACGAAGAAAGCAGCAGAUGCUACAUAUCUAUUCAAAAUGUCAAUGAAGGAAAUAUUGUUAGACCAAAAGAUGAAUAUAUAACUGUACACUUUGCAACAACUCAGAACUACUGAACCCAAAGACACAUUUUUUAUUUUUCUGAGGCUACGGCGAAUUCCAACCCAAAAUAAAUGGUAAUUGAACUGUA